AGUGUAGGUCUGGCGACUUUCUGGUGAAGAGGGUUAUAUUUCUAAUACAAGUAUUUGGUAUCAUUAAUAAAAAUGGUUUAUUAAUCUUAAGAAAUUAAACUAAAAAGUACCAUUAAAAGUAGAAAAGUACUUUCAUAACCAAACCUAUUAUCCAGAUUAUAUUAACUAAAAACCUGGUCUUUUUAUGUGGUACACAAAUGGUUUUACUUCCUAUACCACAGAAAAUUUUCCAUAAUCUUAAACCUCUCCUUUAUUAUUUUCAGAAAUUCCUUUUGAUUGCUUUUGCUUUAGUUGGCAUUGCUGCCGCUGCUACUCUUCCCGAUAGCGCCACUCAGGGCCCUAACCCCCAAGAUAUUGCUACACCUGAACCAGAAUACAUUGAUAUUGAUUUGCCUGAACCCGCUCCUGCUCCAAAACCCGCCCCAGUACCCAAACCAGUCUUUGCCGCUCCCGCUCCCAGACCCGUACAACGUCCCAUCCAAGCCGCCUCUUUUGCUGCCCCCCUUGUCCAACACAUCCAACCUCAAUUGGCUCAACCUCAAUUGCCUGGUCACUUCCAUGGUCAAUCCGGUUACCAAUACAGACGUCCCGUUUAUAUCAGACGUGUGUACCGUCGUCGUUACUAAGUUGAAGGAAAAACAGAAGACUAAAAGACUACCACAUAUCAAAAAUCAUGGUUAAAAAAAGAAGGAUGUUAGUAGGAGAGAUUAAUUCAUUGUAUUAUUAAGGUUUCAUUGUGAAAAAAAAACUCAAAAGAAACAGUCAUUUUUAUAUUAAAACCCCCGUUUUUAGUUUUAAAUAUUUUUGUUUAAUAAUUUUUUUUGUUUUAUAAAAUAUCCAAAUCAUAGUGUUAGAAAGUACAAAGAGACAAAUGAUGUGUAGAAAAAAAAUCUUGUUAAAAAAGCACACAAAAAACGAAAUAAAUAAAAAAUAUUAUUAUUUAUAAAAAA